AGUGAGCAGAGCCUUCCGGUCGUGCGGCGCGUUUCCUUGCAGCGCGUGGUCUGUCUCGCCCGCGUUCUUUUGCCAGGCGCUCGCUCUUUCCCGGGGAGCAGCUGCGCUCUCUGGUCUUAUCCCGCCGCAGCGAUGCUGGUUUUAUUUGAGACAGCGGCCGGGUACGCCAUUUUCAAGGUUCUAAAUGAGAAAAAGCUUCAAGAAAUUGAUAACUUAUGGAAAGAGUUUGAAACACCUGAAAAAGCUAAUAAAAUUGUAAAACUGAAACACUUCGAGAAGUUUCAAGACACAACAGAAGCUCUUGCAGCAUCCACAGCACUGGUAGAAGGCAAAAUCAGCAAAAAUUUAAAGAAAAUCUUAAAGAAAAUAGUAGCCAAAGAUGCCCAUGAACAGCUAGCUGUAGCAGAUGCCAAACUGGGAGGUGUAAUCAAGGAGAAACUAAAUUUAAGUUGCAUCCAUAGUCCAAUGGUUACUGAGCUGAUGAGGGGCAUUCGCACUCAAAUAGAAGGACUAAUCAGUGGCCUUCCAUCCCGGGAGAUGGCAGCUAUGUGUUUAGGAUUGGCACACAGCCUCUCCCGAUAUAAAUUGAAGUUCAGCCCAGACAAAGUUGAUACAAUGAUUAUCCAAGCAAUAUCUCUUCUUGAUGACUUGGACAAAGAAUUGAAUAACUACAUUAUGCGUUGUAGAGAAUGGUAUGGGUGGCAUUUUCCUGAAUUGGGCAAAAUUAUCACAGAUAAUCUAGCAUACUGUAAAUGCGUACAAAAAAUUGGAGACAGAAUAAACUUUUCCUCUUCUGACCUGUCUGAGAUCCUUCCGGAGGAGGUGGAAAAAGAAGUGAAAGCAGCUGCAGAAAUCUCCAUGGGGACUGAAGUGUCAGAAGAAGAUAUAAGCAAUAUACAGCAUCUUUGUGAUCAGGUGAUUGAGAUCUCUGAGUAUCGAGCAACGCUGUAUGACUAUCUGAAAAACAGAAUGAUGGCCAUUGCGCCUAACCUCACUGUUAUGGUGGGAGAACUAGUAGGAGCAAGGCUUAUUGCCCAUGCUGGUUCCCUGCUGAAUCUAGCGAAGCACCCAGCAUCAACAGUUCAGAUUCUGGGAGCUGAGAAAGCACUUUUUAGAGCACUGAAGACUAAGCGUGACACUCCAAAGUUUGGUCUGAUUUAUCAUGCUUCCCUUGUAGGGCAAACAACAGCUAAAAAUAAAGGAAAGAUUUCACGUAUGCUAGCUGCCAAAACGGCUUUGACUAUUCGUUAUGAUGCCCUUGGAGAGAACACAAGUGCUGAGAUGGGAGCUGAGAACAGAUUGAAAGUAGAAACAAGAUUACGGCACCUGGAGGAGAAAGGAAUAAGACGAAUAAGUGGUACUGGAAAAGCUGUGGCCCGUGCAGACAAAUACCAGCACAAGAGUGAAGUGAAGGUUUAUGACCCUUCUGGGGAAUCCACGCUCCCGCUGGUCCCAAAGAAGCGCAAGGAACGGGAAGCGAAUGAAGAACAGGCAGUUCCACCGAAGGCAAAGAAGGUUAAAAUAGAAAUCAAAGACGAACAGGAUGAGGAUGAGCAAGUCGAACAAGAGGAGGAACAUGUUAAAGAGAAGAAAAAGAAAAAGAAAAAACAGAAAACUCAAGAAACGUCUGUUUGGGUAGAAGAGCCAUCGACCAGUAUGGUGGUGGAGAAUACAGAAAAGAAGAAAAAGAAAAAGAAGAAAAUUAAAGAAGAGCCAGAAGAUUAAGAACAGGGAGGGUUUUUUUGAAUGGUUUGCCUCAUGUUUGGACUUCAGGAACAUUAAUUUUUGAACUAGAUUUUUGUCUGAUCAUUAAGAUCAAGAAAUUCUGUAUAUUUUCCUUGGAAUAGUUUUUUUUCAAUAUUUUGUUUUUGAAACUGAUCUUAGUUUUAACAUUGCCCUGUUAAAUGGUUAUAGUUUUAUUUCAAUAAUACUAUAAACUGUUUUGAAAUUUCAAAAAAA